CGCGACGAAAAGCCGAGGGCUGCACUCGCGACGCCUCGCCGUCUCCAAGAGCCUCCUGCGCCUCCGUUUUCGGGAAUUUCCGCCCACCUGGCGAGCCUGCGGGUGAAGACGCGCACCAGAUAGCUGAUCCGUCACCAUGGGCAAGGAGAAGAUCCAUAUAAACAUCGUGGUGAUCGGGCACGUGGACUCGGGCAAGUCCACGACCACCGGUCACUUGAUCUACAAAUGCGGAGGCAUCGAUAAGCGUACCAUCGAGAAGUUCGAGAAGGAGGCCCAAGAGAUGGGGAAGGGUUCCUUCAAGUACGCCUGGGUGUUGGACAAGCUGAAAGCCGAGCGCGAGCGCGGCAUAACGAUCGACAUAGCGCUCUGGAAGUUCGAGACGGCAAAGUACUACGUGACCAUAAUCGACGCACCGGGUCACCGAGACUUCAUCAAGAACAUGAUAACGGGAACAAGCCAGGCGGACUGCGCGGUGCUGAUAGUGGCAGCAGGAAUCGGUGAAUUCGAGGCAGGGAUCUCGAAAAACGGGCAGACCAGAGAGCACGCCCUGCUGGCGUUCACCCUGGGAGUGAAACAGCUGAUCGUCGGGGUGAACAAAAUGGACAUGACCGAGCCCCCGUACUCGGAGAGCCGCUUCGAGGAGAUCAAGAAGGAGGUCUCCUCCUACAUCAAGAAGAUCGGCUACAACACCGGGUCCGUGGCCUUCGUGCCCAUCUCCGGCUGGCACGGCGACAACAUGUUGGAGCCGUCCCCGAAGACGCCCUGGUACAAGGGGUGGAAAGUCGAGCGCAAAGACGGCAACGCCGACGGGAAGACCCUGAUCGAGGCUCUGGACGCCAUCUUGCCACCCUCUCGACCCACCGACAAGGCUCUGCGACUUCCUCUUCAGGACGUCUACAAGAUAGGCGGCAUCGGAACCGUCCCGGUCGGCAGAGUGGAGACCGGUAUCCUGAAGCCGGGGAUGUUAGUCACUUUCGCCCCGGCUGCCCUGACCACCGAGGUCAAGUCCGUCGAGAUGCAUCACGAGGCCCUUACGGAAGCCCUGCCCGGGGACAAUGUCGGCUUCAACGUGAAGAACAUCUCCGUCAAGGAGCUGCGUCGCGGAUAUGUCGCAGGGGACUCGAAGAACCAGCCCCCUAGAGGCGCCGCCGACUUCACCGCCCAGGUGAUCGUUCUCAACCAUCCUGGGAACAUCAGCAACGGGUACACCCCGGUUCUGGACUGCCACACGGCUCAUAUCGCCUGCAAGUUUGCGGAGAUCAAGGAGAAGUGCGACCGACGUACCGGGAAGACUACCGAAGAGAACCCGAAGAGCAUCAAGAGUGGAGACGCCGCGAUAGUCAUGCUGCAGCCCAGCAAGCCCAUGUGCGUCGAGGCUUUUCAGGAGUUUCCGCCGUUAGGGCGGUUCGCGGUUAGGGACAUGCGCCAGACCGUGGCCGUGGGCGUCAUCAAGAGUGUCAACUUCAAGGACACCCAGGGCAAGGUAACAAAGGCCGCGGAGAAGGCCCAGAAGAAAAAGUAACCAUCAAGCUUCCUCGGAAGCCGGCAGCUCGCCGACCGGUGGGCAUCCAGGGCCGCACCAGGGCCGCGCCACCGCCCGCCGCUCGCCCUGGCGGCCGCAUCCCUCGCAUCAUACUCGACAUAUACGAAAUGCGGCAAAAUGUUGUGCUUAAUAUUGCCCCCGCCCCACUACCCACUGGUCCUGAACCCGCGUAUCUAUCCGACCCUGCACAUUCAGUUCACCCACGCCCCACGCACGCCCCACAUAUGCUAGGGGCCCUCGAGGUGUCCCACCGCCACCGAUCGGACCGGGCACCCGCGCGCCUAUCCUCCAGCUCGCGAUUACCGACACUCUCAUUUCCCCCAUUGGAAUAAUCCGUAGUUAGGUUUUUCAAUUGAAGGCUCCGACUCCACCGAGAAAAGGUCAAAACAGGCAAGAAAGGAAAUCCAAGACGCGGCACUCGGAGGCGACUGGCGUCGCCGUCUUCGGCCGCCACGACGGCAGCCCCCGAGCGAGCGACAGGAAACCCAACUCCCUCCCUCCCCCCUUUUUCUAUGCCCAUAUCUUAUAAUUUAUUACGGGACCCUGUAAACGUAGGUGGUCUAUGCAAGGGGUAUUAAACGUUUACGGGCACGUGCUCGCCUGGCGACGCGUCCAUUCCGUGUGACACCUCUGCGCGUCGUUAUCCGAUCGCGGCUGAUGGCGCACCCGACGGGACCCCCCAAGUAGAGAUAGUAAAAACCAGGAAUCCACGGGUCUUUUUCGGCUUUUUUCGAUUUUUGUACUUCGGGUUUCAUUGCCGAGGGUAGAGUGCAGACCUCGGGACUCGCCGUCGAGUUUACGGUCGGGUGUUAAGGCGACCGUUUUACGGAUAAUGGUGCGGUAAUGGGGUGUUUCAUGGGACGCACGCCACGGGAUCCUCACCUUUCAGGGUGAACCCUGAGGUAAACGUUCGGUACCCGUUGUCUAAACCACCUUACAUUUUCGGGCAUGGACUCUCCUCCGAAUACCCUCAAGGCUGAAUCGUUCCAAGACUCGUUUGCGCCGCUGCGACUCAUUUUAUCAUUAAUUAUAUAUAUAUACAUAUAUAUAUAAAUAUUAAGAUAUUUCAUAGUUAGACACAGUUCCCCCUCGAAGAAGCGAAUCUCAAGGACGGGGCGCACCGCGAUGAGAAAGGGUCGACGGUACUUUCGGCGCCCCCAAAGACGUGUUCAACUAUUGUUUUUCACCCUUAGUCAGUAUUAAGUUGACGUAAUAAAAAUGAAUUUUAA